AUGGCGGAGCUAUUGGUGCUGGGUUUGGCCAAGACAGUGGUGCAGGCGGCGCUUAGCAAGGUGAAGGCGGCGGUCGAAGAGGAGAAGGAGCUGCGUGCGAAUGCACGGGGAAAUAUGGUGCUCAUCACAUUGGAGUUCGAGAUGAUCCACUCUUUCCUUGACGUCGCCACUGAAGAGCGCGUCAAGAACAAUCUGGUGAAGACCUGGGUGAGGCAGGUCCGCGAGCUCGCCUACGACCUCGAGGACUGCAUCGAGUUUGUUGUUCACCUCGACAACAAACCCACCUGGUGUUUUAGAUUAUUCCCCUGCUGGCCUUCAUCGGCACUGCAUCUGGACAUGGCGGUCGCGGAGCUACAGCAGAUGAGAACCAGGGCUGAGGAGUUGGGCAAGAGCUACUUGCGCUACAGCCACAUCAUGGACUCUGACCCCAAGCUGUUUAAGUUGCAACAACACGUUACAUCCGGCGACGCUGCCGGCGCAGUAGCACUCAACAUGCUACUCACGGCAAGGGGUGCCAUGAAAAGGCAACCAUGCUUUCGGGAUCUCGCUCAGUUGAUCACCAAGAAAGACGUCCAAGAGCUUCGAGUUAUUUCAGUGUGGGAGACGGUCGACGGCGACCUUGGUACCACAUCCAUCAUCAGGAAGGUAUACAAUGACACGUCGUUCAUUGCAUACUUCACCUGUCGUGCAUGGGUGAAGAUCACACAUCCUUUCAAUUCCCGAGACUUCAUCCGGAGCAUCAUGGCUCAGUUCUAUGAAAACUCUUGCAAAGAUUCAACCAUGGUAGGGACGCAUGUCCUAAUUAAGAUGGACGCCGCCACCAAUGAAGAUCUCGUCAAGGAGUUUAAGCAGCUCGUCACGGAGAAGAGGUAUCUUAUAGUAUUGGAAGGCUUUUCAAAUAUGCUAGAGUGGGACGCUAUCAGGACAUUUCUUCCUGACAUGAAGAAUGGUAGCUGGAUCAUCGUAUCCACGCAGCGCUUCGAGAUAGCGAGCUUGUGCAUUGGGCAUUCUUAUCAGCUAACGGAGCUGAAGCAGUUCUCGCCUGAGCACUCUGUCUGUGCUCUCUUCAAGGAGGGUUGUCAAGGCGAUGGAGAUAGAGGCAACGAACCAGUGAUGUUUGAACUGGGCCAACGUUCCGCCUACAAAAGGAGCCCAUCUACAAAAGAAGUAGCCCAUGACUGGGUGACGAAGUAUCCCCUUGUUGGACGCGAUUCAGAAGUUAAGUACCUCCGUCAAUAUAUAAUACGCGCGCGUAUAGAAGGGACAAUAAUUUCUGUGUGGGGGAUCACUGGUAUCGGGAAAUCAGCUCUUGUCAGAUACACAUUCUGUAAUAUGAUAAUAACUACCAGUCGCCUAUUUGAAAAGUAUGUCUGGGUGGAUGCAUCACAUCCCUUCAGUUUAUCUGAGUUCUGUCGGAGCAUACUCUCGGAAUUUCACUCAGAAAAGGACCCCAUUGAAAAGUGCCGUGAAAUUCUUCAAAAUCAACGGUGCCUACUUGUCAUCGAUGAUCUCCAGUCAAAGGAAGAAUGGGAUAUUAUACAUACGGACUUAUUAUCUGCAAAGGGGACUAAAAGUGUCGUCGUCGUUAUUACAACGGAACGAAGCAUCGCCACAUAUUGUAGUGCAUCUCGCGGAGAUGCGUUGAGUGUCAAAGGUCUAAAAUCUGAUGCCUCCUUUGAUCUCUUCCAAAUGCAGGUACAGAGGGCGAAACCAUCAUUCACAAGCAACCACUUGAUUGGAGAUCUAGAAGACUUUGUUCCCAGGUGUGGGGGUCUUCCCAAAGUAAUUGUUGCUAUAGCAGACGUAUUGGCCAGACAUACCAGAAUAGUGGAUAAUUUACGGUCUUUGGAACAGAGAUUUAUUGUCGACCUGGAGACCAAACCGGAGUAUGAUAAUCUACAGGGUCUAUUUGAUUCGAUAAGUUCGUACUUCCGUACUUGUCAAGAUUCACUAAAGCCAUGUAUCAUCUACUUGACAAUUUUUCCUCGGCAUCACAUCAUUCGACGGAGGCGCAUAGUAAGGCGGUGGGCUGCAGAGGGUUACUUGAUGGACAGCCAUGAAGAAACUGCCGAUGAAAUCGGUGAGAUGUACUUCUCCAAACUCCUAGAUGUGAGCAUAAUUCAGGAGCCAGAAGGAAAACUUGCCACUGCCGAACCAGGUGACACAAGGAGCGUUUUGUGCGAGGUCAAUGGUUUCUUCCACGAGUACAUCAUGUCACGACGAUUGGAAGAAAAUUUUGUGUUUGAACUGCUGGGCAAUUGUGCCCUAACCAACAGGCGGACAGGGCGUCACCUUGUCAUACGGGUUUCUUGGGAUAGAAACAAAGAUGUGUUCAAGAGCAUUGACUUCUCGCGGCUACGGUCACUGACAGUGCUUGGUGAGUGGAAAUCAUUCUUCAUCUCGGACGGAAUGAAGCUUCUCCGGGUGCUUGAUCUGGAGGAUGCACGAGGAGUAAGAGAUGAUGAUCUUGAGAAGAUGAUGAAAUGGCUGCAUCGCCUCAAAUUCCUCUCACUGCGAGGACAGCGUGAGAUCCACCAUCUACCAAGUUCACUGGGUUAUCUCAGGCAACUAGAGACUCUGGAUGUCAGAUACACCUCAAUAGCCACCUUGCCAGGAAGCAUCACCAAGUUACAAAAGCUACAGUACAUACGUGCUGGCAGCACAACCAACAGUAACCCAGCUGCAUCAGCACCACCUACUUCAUCCAGCAGUCGGUUCUGUACAUCUCGUCGUCACAUGGUUGGUGUUGAAGUGCCUAGAGGGCUUGGAGAACUCACAGGGUUGCAUACACUCGGUGUCAUCAAUGUCGGUGCUUCACGGGGGAAGGCCGUCCUGGAAGAGCUCAAGAAGCUCACACAGUUGCGCAAGCUUGGAAUGUCUGGCAUCAGCAGGAAGAACAAGGAGUUCUUAUCUCUAAUGGAGGGUCACGGCCAUCUCAAAUCGUUAUCAGUGCAUCUCGACCAAGACAAUAAGGGUUGCUUGGAUGACAUCUCCCUGCCUUGGAAGAACCUAAAGAGUCUUAAACUGUAUGGCCUUGCUGAUAGGCUGCCACUUUCAAGCAAUCCAGAUCAGUAUGUCAAGCUCAGAAAGUUGACUCUGGAGAUGGACACUUUAAAGAAAAAUGACAUAGAGUUCCUUUCCGUGCUAUCAGAACUAUGUAUUCUACGCCUUCGAGUCAAACAGCUUCAGGAUGGUAAGCUCCAUUUUCAUGUCGAGAUGUAUGGAAUUGAGUUGUCAAGCUUCCAAAAGGUGAAGAUCCUCGAGAUUGCUUGCAGCUCCAGCGAGUUACAUGUUUCAUUUGGAUCAAAAUCGAUGAAGAAUCUUGAGCUGCUCGAAAUUGACUACUCCAGUGGUACAUCAUAUCAGCUUGCCGGCCUGAAUAAUCUGUCUGAACUCAAGCAAGUCUUGCUCAAGGGCACCGAUGAUGAAGCAUUCAGGAGAGAGUUCGCGAGCCAUCUUGCCAGUCAUCCAAGGCAACCUGUCGUGAAGCUGGAGGAACAACUACUGCGCUCGUCCUGAAGGGUCGACGACAUUGUCUCUGUUUAUUUCCCUUCAUUUUCUUUUGCCUACCACUAGCUCGAUCUAGCCUUUGCAAUCCCUGGUUUGUU